CGGUAAUUUGAGAUUGACAAUUUCGGAAACGGUCAUACAAACAAAACAGCGCGAGUGAAACCGGCGUCCUGCAACGUGUGAAUGUGUGAUCGAUGUUCAUUUGUGUUUCUUUGUAAAUUUUAAAUACCGUGGUGACCCACGUGCGCGCCUGAUUGAUUUGUUUACCAACUCUGGAAACGAAUAUUUAUUUUGAAGUGUGUGAUAAGAUAAGUUCUAGUUUAGCGCUAUCUUGUUAGUGUGAACUCGUUCAGUAAACAAGUGCUUCAGUGACAGUAUUCGGCAUGGCGACUACGUCAAGAAGUAGAAGAAAGCAAGAAGAUGAGAAGAAGAAUAAGAAAAGACAAUCGCCGGUCGACGAGCGGCCUGUGGUCCCGGCGCCGAGCGAAGCUAUGCUCAACAAUCUCCGCACAGCGUUCGGGCUACUGGACCGCGACAGCGACGGGCACGUGACGCCUGAGGAGCUGCAGUUCAUGCUGCGGAACCUCGGCAUCGAAGUCAGCGAUGACCUCAUUGGGGACCUCAUCAAGGACGCUAGUCGGACGGGUAACGGCCUAAUAGAUGAGAACGACUUUAUGCAGUGGGUGACAAAGAUUCAGGCGUUACAAGGGAUGGACGUUAGUAACAGUGGCGGUGAUACCGAAGAGGAAAUCACGAAGGACCUGCUCGCUGCUUUUAAAGUGUUCGACCGCGACAACAACGGCUACAUAACGCGAGACGAGCUACGGAGCGCGCUCGAGAUCAUCGGCGAGCCGGUCACGGACGCGCAACUCAACCAGGUGCUCGCGCUCGGAGACAUCGACCACGACGGCCGGAUCGACUACGAGGAAUUCGUGAAAAUGCUGUUGUAACUUCAUGGAAGGAAGACCUCACUAGAGAUUAUGGUAGAAUAUUAUAAAGACAGCGUCUACGCGAGCGGCGCUACUCGCUUCGUGCGUGUCGGGGCAGUUCCCAUUUGUUCUAAACAAGUAACAAUAGGUAACUGUAGUCCCAAUGGUAUAGUCAGCAACAAGAUAUAGCCAAGCGGAAUAAAAUAAGGUUUUUACCUUCAUUUUAUUGAGUAAAUAGUCUUACACAGAUGUUUACACAACUUGUUCACGUAUUUUGCUGCUAACUUUUAUUGCCAUAGGAUUUGGAUUAUUUAUCUCUUGUCACACUCUUGGCAGUUUAGAACUAAGUACUCGUAUCACUUACAUCUCGGAGACAUAUACGACAAAUGGGAUUUACCCUGACUUUAGAAGUUAUGUGAAGACAUAAAAGGUUGCUCGAAAAAUCUUCCAUAAAUAUACAAUGCCUACUUAUUAUUAUUAUAUACUUUAUAUAUAGAGCUAUAUUUAUCGAGGAUUUUGUUAAUCGUAAAAUCAAGGUACCUGCAAUAAAAAUAUUGAAAUGUGGUACCGCUAAACAAUUAUUACUUAUGAUAGAACAUUUUGUAAAGAAAAAUAGAAGUAUUACAAAGGUUCGGUAUCUAUUGAGAAAGUUGUAAAUAGAUUUUGUAAUAUUAAACAAAUGAAGUUAUUAACAAUAUAGGUUAGAAUAAUUAAGAUAAUGUUGAUAUAAUAUACAUAUAAUUAUGUACUUAUGGCGUAAUAUAUUUUGCAUUCGUAUUUAGAUUUGGGAGUCCGUACUUGCAAGCGUGGGUACGGAAUAAAUAUUUUAUGGUUGUGAAUGAUUUGUAAGCUCUAUUGGAUGGGUUUGUAAUUUGCUAAAAAAUCAGGAUACAAAAAACAACGAAUAUUUUAUUUUACAGAUACAAAAAAACAACAAAAUAAAAGCAAGUGUUCAAUACAUAUAUGAUACUGGUCUUAUUCGCAUUAGACCUACCUAUACCACUUAAUACCUCUAUCUGCUUACCCAGGUACUUCAGGUAAUCCAGGUCUAAAAAUACAUGAGCAAUAUAACUCAAAAACUCAUAGAAAAACUACCGCCCUACUUUCACCUAAACUUUAUAUAUGGUUAAUUCUGGACCCUUGAAAAAUCUUAUUAAGAAGUAAGUCAAAUCCGCAAUAUUACACAAAGUACAAUAAUCGUCCAUUUAAAUUAUUUUAGAUAGUGAUAUUGUUUACGAACGAAGUUUGCGAGUUUUAAUAUAAAUUGAAUAGCUAAAGACAAUACCUGCUGCUUGAUGUAAAAUACAGUCACAAAGGCAAAAUAUACAAUACUCAGCGAUAUAUUAUGUACUCAACAAUAUAGACGUAUAUUUUGAUUGAAGACAUUCAUAAUUCUAUUAUUUAGAUCUAGGCUGUUGCAAUUUCUAAAAGGUACGUACUACGUUACGUACCAUUCUAUCUACAUUUAUUAAGACCUUGAAUAUAGUUAUAACGUUUAGUAAAACCUUGUUAAAUAUUCUCUAGUCAGAUCGCUGUUUCAAUAGUAGAAAUAUUUUGUGAUUGAAUAUUAAUUACCUUUAUAAUACAUGUGAACAAUGAUAACCGAACGAAACUAAUAGACAAGCGAAGUCUUCGCUAGAUGACGCUGACCGUUGUUUAAUUGAUUCAAUUGUUUGUGAUGUAAAUAAUUAUCUAAGGGCCACUUGCACCAUUCCAAUAACCCGGGUUUAAUCGGUUAAACCUGGAGUUACCAUGGUUACCAAUACAAUUUGACACUGGGUUAACGGUUUAACCGGUUAACCCCGGGUUUGUGGGAUGGUGCAAGUGGCCCUUAGUGUCACUUGUUCAGUUUUCAACCAAAACUAUAAUUACGCAAAUCCUACUUUAACAUUUCACAAAGAGAAUAUAUUAUUAACAGGACAUGGGCUGAUUUAGAUGGCGCGCGAACUCGAACUUGAGGACUAUUGGUUACUUCUAAUUCAGCCGACCAAUCUAAUACCGCAAUGUAAUGAUAAUCGCAUGAGAGUUCUCGCACCGUCUAAAUGAGCCUUAACGGGACACCGCGAGUAAGUACGCCGAACACAUGUUAGAUUAAAGCCUUUCUGAAAGGCGUGUGAUGUGGAAUGAGUGAUCAAUAAAUUUUGAAUUUGUUAUUUUAUUUUUA